AUGCAAAAGAUUGCGGCUAUUAUUCCAUUGACUGAAGCCUUCGUCACUCUUGCAACAAAUGAUGAGUACGCAUGUGGGGUUCUUACCCUGGCAGCCUCUCUUAAGAAGGUUGAAACAUCAAAGAAACUCGUGUGCAUGAUUACAAACACCGUUUCAGACAAAAUGAGGAAAACUCUUGAUUGUUUUUUCGACGAGGUUGUGCUUGUGGAUGUUCUAAACAGUAAUGAUGCUGAAAGUCUCCAACUUCUCUCUCGUCCUGAUCUCGGUGUUACUUUCACUAAACUCCAUUGCUGGCGUUUAACGCAGUACUCAAAGUGCGUAUUUUUGGAUGCUGAUACGCUGGUAAUUAAAAAUGUUGAUGACCUGUUUGAGCGUGAAGAACUCAGUGCAGCUCCCGAUCCUGGCUGGCCUGAUUGUUUCAAUUCGGGAGUAUUCGUGUUUGUUCCCAGCUUGGAUACUUAUCGCAACCUUCUCAAUUUUGCUCUAUCUGAGGGCAGCUUUGAUGGUGGUGAUCAAGGUCUUCUUAACUGCUUCUUCUCUGACUGGGCUGUGGCUGAUAUUCGUCGCCAUUUACCUUUCACAGAUAACUGUAUUGCUCAGGCUUUCUACUCAUAUCCACCCGCCAUGAAACGAUUCGGACAUCUUAUCCGCAUUGUCCACUUCAUUGGUCCCGCUAAACCCUGGCAUCAGAAUGUCAACACGGAAACUGGUAGCAUUAUGCCUUGCGACCAAAUCUCCUCACAAUCUCUUCAAUAUCUCAACUUCUGGUGGCAUCUUUUCAUUACCGAAGUUAAACCCAAACUUAUUCCUGAUGUGGGUGGAUUGGUUGGUCAUUUAGCAACCCUUGAAGUCAGUAGAGGACCGAUUUUGAAUAUGCCGGAGUUGGCUGUACCUGCCCUAGACCGUCAAGGCAGCUGGGAGCGUGGAGAAAUUGACUACACUGGCGCUGAUCGUUUCUCCAAUAUCAAAGCAGCCUUGGAUAAACAACUGGGAAAAUAA